AUUUUGCAGAAAGAUUCUCAAUCAAAAUUGGCUUAACAUUACAAGCUAUCCGUACUUACCCAUGUGUGUGUGUGUGUGUAUAUAUAUGCAUCUGUGGCUCCAUCUUGUAUGCAAUUCGUAUCGUAUGAACUUAUAAUCUCGAUCACGAAUUAAUGGGUCAGCUCAAUUUGGUUAAGAUAGCCGUUUGGUCGGUCUGUCUUGGCUUGUGUCUCUUCCCUCACUUGUCGUCGGGGAAAUUAAGACGAAACUACUACUCCAAUGUCUGUCCGAAUGUCGAAAACAUCGUUCGGAACGCCGUCAGACAGAAGUUUCAACAAACCUUUGUUACUGUCCCGGCGACUCUGCGUCUCUUCUUCCACGAUUGCUUCGUCCAGGGUUGUGACGCUUCGGUAAUAGUUGCAUCUUCUGGGAACAAGAAGGCGGAGAAGGAUCACCCGGACAAUCUGUCGCUCGCCGGAGACGGAUUCGACACCGUGAUCAAAGCCAAGGCGGCGGUGGACGCCGUUCCAGGUUGCAGUAAUAAGGUGUCAUGCGCCGACAUUCUCGCCAUGGCCACCCGAGAUGUGAUUGCAUUGGCUGGGGGACCUUCGUACGCGGUGGAGCUGGGGAGGUUGGAUGGGCUGAGCUCGACGGCGGCGAGCGUAAAUGGGAAGCUGCCUCAGCCGACCUUCAACUUGAACCAGCUCGAUGCCCUGUUCGCUGCUAAUGGCUUAACUCAAACGGACAUGAUUGCUCUCUCAGCUGCGCAUACACUGGGAUUUUCUCACUGCGGCAAGUUCGCCAAUCGGAUAUACAAUUUCAGCCGCCAGAGCGCGGUGGAUCCGACCCUGAACAAAGAAUACGCCGCCCAGUUGAAGUCGUUGUGCCCGAAGAAUGUGGACCCAAGAAUAGCCAUAAACAUGGAUCCAAACACCCCCAACACCUUCGACAAUACGUACUUCAAGAAUCUCCAGCAGGGGAAGGGCCUCUUCACGUCGGACCAGGUCCUCUUCACCGACCCCAGGUCCAGGCCCACUGUCAAUACCUGGGCCCGCAACUCCCCUGCCUUUCAGAAGGCUUUCAUCUCCGCUAUAACCAAACUGGGCAGGGUAGGAGUCAAGACCGGGUCCCAGGGUAAUAUCCGACGUGACUGUGCCAGGUUCAAUUGAUCAUUACAAAUCGCAAAAAAAGUUUAACCCGAAUCCAUUUCGCUGGGUUGAAGUAAUGAGAAAGAAAUUCUUAAGUGUGAUGGGCUUGGUGUUGAUCCUGUCCUGUAACAUGAUCUUGUAAUAAUAUAAGGAGUUGAUGGUUUGAAAUU